GAAUCAAUCAUGGGCAUUAGCCUCCCUAGCACUGAGGACAUCUUCAAAAGGUGAUGCCUCAGAAGGUUGCCCACCAUCCUUAAGGACUCUCAUUACUCAGCACGUGCUCUCUUCUCCUUGAUAUCAUAAGGCAGGCAGUACAGGAGCUUGAAGACACUCAUUCAAUGUUUUUGAAGCAGGUUCUACCCCACAGCCAUCAGGAAUCAAAAAAGUACUUCAAGCGCAGUGACCUGACUCGGAAGGAAGAGGAGAAUUAUUUGGAGAGGUGUGGUUAUAAGGUACAGUCGAAAACAAAUGAACAAGAUGAUUCAUCAUUGUCACAUCCAGUGCUUGAACUCGAGCUUGCAGAAGAGAAGCUACCAAUGACCCUUUCCAGGCAAGAGGUAAUUCGAAGGCUCCGUGAGAGAGGAGAACCAAUUCGAUUGUUCGCUGAGACAGACUAUGAAGCCUUCCAACGUCUUCGGAAAAUAGAAAUCCUAACUCCUGAAAUUAAUAAGGGUUUGAGAAAUGACUUAAAAGCUGCUAUGGAUAAGAUAGACCAGCAGUAUUUGAAUGAGAUUGUGGCCGGACAAGAGCAAGGUGAAGAGGAAGAACAGAAUGACCUAAAAGUUCAUGAAGAAAACACCACGAUAGAGGAGCUGGAGGCGUUGGGUGAGUCCUUGGGUCAGGGUGAUGACUAUAAAGACAUGGACAUUAUAACCAAAGUUCUGAGGUUUCUUCUAGGUGUUUGGGCAAAAGAUCUAAAUGCUAGAGAGGAUUAUUUAAAGUGCAGUGUACAGGGUAAACUGGCUGGAGCAACUCACAAGCAGACGGAAUCCUACUUAAAACCUCUCUUCAGGAAACUUCGGAAAAAGACUUUGCCACAGGACAUCAAAGAAUCUAUAACUGAUAUUAUCAAGUUCAUGUUACAACGGGAGUAUGUUAAGGCGAAUGAUGCUUACCUUCAGAUGGCCAUUGGGAAUGCGCCCUGGCCUAUUGGAGUCACCAUGGUUGGUAUCCAUGCACGUACUGGCCGAGAAAAAAUCUUUUCCAAGCACGUGGCCCAUGUUUUAAAUGACGAAACACAGCGGAAGUACAUUCAGGGGCUGAAGAGAUUGAUGACCAUCUGUCAGAAGCACUUUCCAACAGAUCCCUCAAAGUGUGUGGAGUACAAUGCUCUCUAAUCUGCUUCUGAAUGAGACAUCCUAUUAUUCACCAAUUAGACAAACUUUGAGAUUCAGAACCAAAAUGGACUCUAGAAAAUUAUGUGCUUUUUAUAUUACUUUUUAUAUUACAUUAGGUUCUUAAGAAAAGCAUCAAAACUUUGUUCCCUACAGUUGUUUAAUAUCAAAUAACAUGUAAACAUCUGUAUUCAGUUCUCUUCAAUUAGCCUUCCAGUAAUUCAAAUCCUUUUUUAUGAGAAGAAAUGUCAUUUUGAGCAGAACUCACACAGUAUCUCAGCAAGAAGAAAGUGGUGUUUAGGGGUAGUUUUGUAUUAUAUAUGUAUAUCAUUAAUAAAUAGUCUUCAUUUUUGUUAUGAUUGCACUUUUGCCACUCAGAUACAGUCUACUAUUUUACUGCCUUAUUUGAUAAUCUUUGUUGUGUUGUAAUAAAAAUAAUUUGGCUGCA